AUGGCGUCUGCCAUUAAAGCCAAAUUGACGGGAGGAUCAGCUGCCAACGACGCUGACCUGCAGGAAGAACGAGACAAGUACAGACUUCUAGUCACAGCCGGUCCGUCCUAUGAUGAGAAGACGCACAAGACCGUCAAGGUCAAUUCCGAGAUUCCAACGACAAUCGAGAACGAGUUCUUGACAGCGAAGAUCAAUGUCCGCGUGAAAGGCUUCCGUGGUUUGCCAAACACAAGCCCAUCAACAUCGAAGGACUACUUCGACGACCCUAUGCAUGCAAAAGACCAAUACUCGCUUGGUUUCAGCUUCGUUCCGAAGCAGGAUAUUCCCAGUGUAGAUACUGUCUGGGGCAACGACUUCGACCAUAGCAUUAAAGACAAGAUUCCACCUGGUUUCAAUACCGCCUUUAAAAUUGUCAAGGAGUUCAUCGAUCCAGGCCUCAGUUGCGACGCCUAUGCUGAUCAGCCUUGGCUCUAUGGGCCUAGUCUCAGCUGUUGGUUUGCUCUCCGCAUCGGAGAAAAGGUCAACGAAGGCGAAGACUUUCCCGCACCCGGCGUGAUGACUGAGGGAGCAGAUGGAACCGGUAAAGAUCUCAGAGAGCGACUAGGCCUCCCGGAAAACAACGAAAAGCGACGAAAGUACUUCCUGGACGCAAAGCAUCGCCAACCUUUUUUUUUCGAAAAAGGUCGAUGCUAUCAAGGAGACUUCUACAACCCUUACUUGGACUUUGGUAAUUUUAGUUUGAAACUGCCAGGUUUUACUUUGAAAGUGAUCAAAUACGUCGGAGACAAGACGCAUUGUCUUCGAUACGUGUUCAAGAACCGAGAGACCGGCGACAUGUACUUCAACGUCAAUUUCAAAUUGCUCUGGGGUGAAGAGCUGCAAAAGGCCCUGACGGCAGACCAGAAAGAGCAGGCAAGCUCUGAAAGAGACUCUGGAAUUGGCUUUCAAGAUCAAGCCUCAGAUGGGGCUACCGACGGCGCAUCGAAUGGUGUUGCAGCCUCCCCAUCCACUUCCGGAGAGCCACAGGCCGUGCCAACCAACGACACCAACGACGAGUCAACGAGACAUACUGCUCCGCCAACGAUGCAAUUACAUCCCGGCGACCACAACGCCGCAGCUGCUGUUGCAAGUGCCGGGAGCAGUACGUCCGACCCAGAUGUCGACGAGAUUGAUCGGCUUCUGCAACAGACGUCGACUAGCCAGAAGCGGAGCGGGCUUUUCCUGGAUGAGAUUGACUGA